AUGAUUCCCCAAACCGAAAAGGACGAUACUAUUAUUGCCAUGGCCCGGCGUCUACAGGACGUUUGCUGGGGAGAGGAGUACGAACGGAUGAUCUCCGGCAUGUUAUAUACUCCUCUGGCACCGGAGCUUGUAGAAGCCCGAUCACGAGCACGACGGUUGACUGGAAAAUUCAAUGCAACCCUUUACGGAGAUUGCCCUGUAGCCGCGGUCCCGCAGCGAGAGGAGAUUUUGAAAUCGCUCUUAGGCCGCACUGGGGGAAGUAUAUACAUUGAACCUCCUCUCUUCAUCGACUAUGGAUGCAAUAUCAGUGUAGGUGAUAAUCUUUAUGCCAACUUUCAUCUUACCAUUCUUGAUUGCGGGUUGGUGUCGAUUGGGAAUAACGUUGAACUCGGCCCAAAUGUUAGUAUCAUCACAGGGGAGCACCACACCCAGAUCCAGGAGCGGAAAGCACACAGAGGAUAUGAAUUUACAAGGGGCGUCGUGAUCGGGGAUGAUUGUUGGAUUGGUGCCGGUGUUGUAAUAUUAGCUGGAGUGACGAUUGGAGAAGGCUGCUCCAUUGGUGCUGGCUCUGUGGUGAAAGCAAAUAUUCCACCUUUCAGUAUAGCUGUAGGAGUUCCUGCUCGAGUCAUCAAGUCAGCAGAGAGCUAG